ACUGACUACCUGAACAGCAUGGAGAACGCACCUGUUCUAGCCACACAGCCCGACUUGUCCGCCAUGGCCUCGGCGUUCCCUCCGAUGUCCUGUGCUCCGUCGGCCUUCCCGCUCCUCCAGUCUCUGCCGUUCCUGCCUUCUGCCGCAGCGAAACAGCCGACAGCGCCCUUGGGAGUGGACCCUCGUGUGAUGGGGAUGCUGCAGAGCUACGGGUCCCUGGGGCAGCUGCCGUGGGCCGCCCUGGGCGCCAGCGGCGACCUGGCCCUCAACCGCCUGCUCCUGACCCCCGGCGGCCGCCUGAGCCGCCCCAAGAAGCGCUACAUCUGCAAGUAUUGUCAGCGGGAGUUUACCAAGAGUUACAACUUGCUGAUCCACGAGCGAACCCACACGGACGAGCGCCCCUUCCCGUGCGACAUCUGCGGCAAGGCCUUCAGGAGGCAGGACCACCUCCGCGACCACAAGUACAUCCACAGCAAGGAGAAGCCCUUCAAGUGCGACGUGUGCGCCAAGGGCUUCUGCCAGGCGCGCACGCUCGCCGUGCACAAGGCCCAGCACGGCCACAACACCCCGCCCACGCCGGCCCCCGCCUCGCCCCUGACGGUCGUGAGCGCCUCCUCGCCCCUCCGGAGCAGCGACGACGAGUUCGAGUCCGACGACGCCCUCGACGUGGUGCACUGCGCCGCCGCCGCCGACCUCGUGAUGCAGACGGUGCCCGAGGACGCCGAGAGCCCUGCGGCGCCCUCUCCCCCGGCGCCCAAGAGACGCGGCUUCUCCAUCGCUGACAUCAUGAGCAGAUAGACGGCCGGUGCAAAGCCGCCCUUCGUCGCCCUUCGCCCUCUGUCCCCGUGACCAUCAGCGCCGCCGGCCUGAGGACCCUCGUGCCAUGCCUCGCCUUGUACAUAGUCGCCGACAUUGUAUUCUGUACAGAGAUGUUUAUAUGUGAUAUUUUUAUAUAUAUUGUUUACCCAUUAAAUGCCAAAUUUAUAUCUUA